UAUGAAGAGAGUUUUUGACGAAGAUUUUGAUAGGCGUUUUCUAUAAUAUACUUUUUCCCCAGAUACAUCAACAUAAUUAUUUAUUGUCGUUACUUUAUGUGAUUCAUACGGCGUUUGUUCUUGAACGUAAAUCAUGAAAUAAGGAAGCGGUAUGCUGUCAACAACACUAUGAUGUAUACAUCAUCAAUGUUCUCACUGUCACAUUCCACCUAAUUGAAUUCUUUCUCGCUACUUUAUGAAAGGAUAGAAUAUAAUUUAAUCUCGAUAUUCACGUUAAUUAGUGCUACUGUGUAUAAAUUACCCAGAAUGAGAGUUAACUAUGUGGAUGAAUUAUACGAAGCAACAUCAGAGCAUGUAAAGCAGUUGAUUAUACUUGCCGAUUCAAAAAAAUAUGCUACUGCUGAAUUCGAUGGAUCAUUAAAAUCAUUUCUGAAUAGUUACAACCCUGACGAUGCACCAGUGAAUAUAACAGAGUAUCGUACAAGAGUCGCAGUGGAUAUAUUGUCAAGGUUAUCAGUUUUGGACAACCUUGUAUCUAUUUACCGUGAAUUAGGAAGAAUGGCUAUUCCUCUGAGUUAUUUUACUUUCAAACCAAUCCCUUGUAAAAGAUGGGUCCUCAAGCUGAUAGACUUUCAGCAAUCUCUGUCUAAUUAUAUGACAGUUAGCAUAAGCUUCACGCAGAAAUUAAUUAAAUCUGAUAUAUAUUUGACGGAAGUGCGGCGUAUCUUAAAUGUCAUCAGUAAUAUGAAUAUGUCUGAGAUUAUACUUCCACUAACGAGCUGCAUCAUCUGUGCAUUAAAUAAUGCAUUGGCUUAUGAAUGUCGUUUCAUAACACAAAUACUUAGAGAAUAUAGUCUACGGGAUAUUUUGAAUCGUUAUACUUGUUGUGAUCCAAAACUUCGAUUGGCUAUAAUCAUUUUUUUGACAUUUACUUACAAUGAUGUCAGUCAACUUUAUCUAAAUGAAGAAUCUAUUGAGUUGUUUGUGCAUCAGUUCCAUUAUACUGUUGUUGGAAACAGAAAAAGUGGUUCCUUUAGUGGCUUUGUUCUAAAUAAAGUACUACGUCUUUUGGCUCUGAACCAUGAAAACAGAAUUGAGUUUGGCAAUCGUGAAAUUGUACGUCACUUGAUGUCGUUGCCCAAUUCUCAGUCAUAUGGCACAAACGAAAUAUCAAUAACUACACAUAUUUUAUUAUCAAAAGUUUCAAAUAAAAAUGCCAUUCGUGAAAUACAGUCAUUAGCAGAGACAUACCGCUGCAAUAUAAUUGAGUUGGAGGAAAAAGUCCGAACAUAUUUUGAAGGUGUUAGUAUUGAUAAAUUCUUACUUCAAUAUCCAAAUGAACCUGAUCUCGUUGACGACCAAGAAGAUAAAUCAUCUACUAGAGUGGAAGAAAAAAAUCCCCACCAUCUGGAUGGUCAUAUUAUGAUAAGCUACAGUCAUUGUGAUAAAGAAAUAGCAUUUAAAAUUAAAGAAAGUUUAGAAAAUAUGGAAAUGAAGAUUUGGAUUGAUAAGGACUGCAUGGUUCAGGAUGUUAAAAUUUUAGAUGCAAUGGCAAAUGCUAUACAGAAUGCUGCAGUUGUAUUAAUACUUUUUUCUAAACCAUAUCAAGACAGUGAAAAUACCAAAGCAGAAGCGGAAUACACUCGUAAACUAAAGAAACCAGCUAUUUUUCUUCGUGUUGAACCAAAGUUUGUUCCAAGUGGUUGGUUGGGUUUCAUGAUAGGUGAGAGUCGUUAUAUUGACUUCUCAGGGAAAUAUCCAUUUGAUGAAAAAUUUGAAGAAUUAUGCACCACAAUCCACAAUGUUAGUCGUGGAUCAAUCACAGUGAAACAAGAGAAACCAAAGAAACCAGAAGCAAAUGCAUGUGUUUCAAUGUAAAAAGAAAUUGAUAAUUCGACAUUUAUUGAGUUUAACUUUGAAAACCUAAUUUACUCAGUUAGAAAUCCUUCCCUUUUGUUUCUUUUUUUUUUAUGUAAUCCAUGUACUGUUCACACAAAUGAUUUCCCAAUUAAUAAUCAUAAACCUUUAUAAACACUUUGAUAACUUUUAUAACUAUUUUUUAUCACAUUGAAACAUAAUAAUUUAACGCAUUUUAUGCAUCAUUUAAAUGUUAUUUUCUGAUAGAAGAAUUGGUAAUAUCAUACUUUUAUUCAGUGCGACAAAUGUUGUUUUCUCUUAUUCUGGUGAAUAAACAAUUUUUUCCAAACAGAAUUGUAUCAAAUAUUCUAUUUUGCGACAUUGGUAGUUUUUCUUGCCCCGAAAUUAUCUUAGCUGAACCUAGAAGCACUGGAAGGCUAUUUUGUUCUAGUGUUGGUCUUUUCAACAGUACACACCUACGAACCCACACAUAGUAAUCGAAACCAGAACCUUCGAUCUCACGGGCGAAUGCUCAGUCGCUUGACCACUGAAUCGAAAUCCGACAGUGCUGAUGCCCAACUCCAAUCAAUUCUUUAUCGUGCGCUACCAGUCACCCAUUGUAGUUGACUGACUAACCGAAGGAUCAAUCUCGUAUAACCAUUCGGAGGAUUCGGUGAAAACAACUUUAGUAAUAUUUGUGAUCAUACAUAGUAAAAAUAAUAAUUCUAUAUCUGUCUCCAUCUCCAAAGAUGGGUUCCGUCCUGUCAAGUUUUCGUCACAUUUUCAUUUAUUUCAUUUAUAUAUCACAGUUUCAGGUCUAGUUGUAAAAAUUGGACAUGCAGUUAUUUUUGAACAAAAAGAUAAAAUUGACGAUUAAGAGAUUGUAUUUGAAAGAAAAGAGCUACCAAGUGUGCAAACAAAUGUAAUUCAUGCAAACUAAACAAAAUACAUUUAUCAAGAGUUGUGAAUGCAAGAUAAAACAACUACAAGCCUUCAUAUUGCCAAAAGUAGGAGACUACUAGUCAUAAGUUGUUAAUUUGUUGUAAGGGUUACAGUUUUUUUUUUUUGAUUCUCGUAAUUUUGUCUCAGUGAAUUCGACUGUUCCGUGCACACUAACGGUCAUGAAUUUCUAUUGAUUCAUACAAUAUAAAUGUGAGAGACGAAUUUUUAGUCCAGAUAAUAUUGAUCUAUAUAAUCAGACAGCAGGUCAUCUUCAGUCAGUCAGACAGACAGAAAUAUACAUACAUAUUGAUGUAUACAACAAAAUAUUUUGAAAAAUAUUCUAAUCGGACUUAACAACUUUAAGUGGAUGUUUAUUCAAGGAAAAUUACUUUUUACAACUCUGUAAUUCUUGUAUAUAUUUUCUUCAAUUGUUUAUACCAAUUCUUAAUUCCGUUUUGUCCAAUAUAAUGAAUAAUUUUAAAGAUGGAAGUUUUUGGUUAUUGUUUCUUCAAGAGUGAUAUAAAAGUGAAUAGUUCCAUCACUGUUCUUUUUUUUCUUGGAAAUCUGAAAGUCAACAGCCCACCGUAACCUACUAGUCUUGACUGAUGAAAAGUUUCAGUUACAAUCUCUCCUACUCAGAUCCACUUUCGACUGAUUCACGUGUUAUUGUUCAUUUCCACUUAUCGGUGAGGUAUGAAGUGAUUGAAAUAUGGUAACGAAUCUUGGACUGCUGGUAAUUGGUCUUCGUUCUUUCUCUCCGGUUAGGCAAGUUAGUAUUGGGCCGUCCUUCAAACGUACAGUAACAAGUCUCUCGUCAUAGUAAUGAAGUGAUCACUCAAAGGUUGUCGAAGCAUUGACUAAUUUAAUGCUAUAACACUUUCAUAUAACUUCAAUCUUAAAAAUUACCAAACGAAGUUUGAAUGUUUUUACUUUCUGUGGUCAUUUAUUUUCAUACAACACCAGUUAUCCAGGGCUGCAUGGUUUGCGGGAUAUCUCCAGUUUCAUUGGAAUUAUGGACUGAAUUAGACUAAACAAUCAUUCGAAAUCUGGCAGCACUCGUCGACCACCUCAUACUAGAGUGGAACCUUUUAACAGCGAACAUUCACAACUCCGCACGCAUGUUACAAGGGUUGAAGAGGG